GUUCAGACUGUGAGUAACCGCACUCAACAGCUGAACAUGUUCACCUGAAGUAGUUCAGACUCCCGUGUAACCGCGCCCUUAAUACAAAUGCAAGGAUGGUAAAUUCAUUUCGUGAUGGCAAAAGGUUUUCAAAAGACGAGAGAAAAAAAUGUGCCGAAAUCGCCCAUUAUAAUACACGGAAAUUUGAUUUUCGCGGGCGUUAUGCAGGACAAGCCGCUAGGAUCGCUGCAGUCAUGUGUCGCCUGCGCUCGCCAAGUUAAAUGGCCUGAGUUUCCUAUAAUGUUCUUCUUGAUGUUCUUCUACAAUAUUUGGUUUAGUAGUUCAAAACAAAAGUUGACGCAUAACCAUAUGGUAAACAAAGCUAAAUGUUAUUUUGAGGUUAAAGUGAAAAGCAAUUUCAAUAUUUUAACUUGAAUGGUUUAUGGCAAAGAAAUCCAGUUAUGUCUGGAAAUAAUGUAAAUAUGUCAAGUAAUAAUAAAUGUUUUUACAUUAAUGUGUACCCAGAAUAUCGCGACCUAAGCUUCCGAAACGUUGAAGUGCUUGGAUACUUCAGCCUGGACAGUGAGAGAGGUUUUCACGCAGAUUUAAGUCAGUUAAAGUAUUUAAAAGCACCUAACGGUGGUGCACCGGUGCACUAUGAUCUCAACCAUAGACUGAACGACGUGAUUAAAAAAGGUGAUCAGGACGAGAAGCUGGACAAUCUGUUAAAAUGGAUUCUCAAUGACGAACGUGUGUGGAAGUCACGUGGCACCACACAGGUCGCGGAGGGUGAAAGGACUCCUGUGCACUUUGUUUCGUACCGUGGACUGCUGAGCAAACUGCUGUCCACACCAUACGAGAAUUUUGAUGGGUGGAUAAUCUGCGCGUCCAUCUGGAAGGGGACAAUCUACUUGUGCGCCAAGGAAACAGAAGAACACAAGCAGAAACGUGCACACGAGACUCUGGAGCAGAAGAGAUUUAUGAUGUGGGGACGAAAAUUUGAGCAGUACGUGUUGGCAGACACCGUGGACGGCACGCCCGAUGCCGACCGCCCCGUCAACGAGAACGAGGAGCUGUGCGUGGUGUACGGCUCCAGGGUGAACACACACAGCCUGCUGUACGGAGCCGAGAUGGACGGCGUGGACAGCAGGGAGGAGUUGCGCUCGUACCAAGAUCUGCGGAGAGCGCGAUUCGUGGAGUUGAAGACCCACAGGAUGAUACAGAAGCGAGCUCACGAAAGCUCUUUCAAAAAGUAUAAACUACGGAGCGUGUGGUGCCAAGCGGCCCCGGUUGCGAUCGACUGCGUGCUGUUUGGGCACCGCAGCGACGACGGCAUUGUCAAGGUGCUCAACAGAUUCAACAUUGAUGAAAUCCUCGAUGAGUCAGCUGAAUGGCAGGCCUGGGAGUCUGACAAGUGCUUGGACUUCAUGAACAAAUUCCUGGAGGAAGUGAAGAAGAGCGCGAAGCAGCAUCUGCCAGAGAACAGUCCGGACUCUGUCAUCAAGUUUGAGUGGCAGCUGGGGCAGGCACGAGUGAGGGCAGACGUCAUCGUCGGCCCCUCGGAGUACAGUUUCCUGCCCAAGUGGUUCACCGACAACUUCCAGCACUCCGUUCAAGUCGUCAAGCAAACGUGAUUCGAACCGUUGUGCAAGUCAGCUUCCUGUUGUGUGAUGUGCAGUAUAUAAAUUACUUUUUUUAUACUAUUACAAGUUUCAUUUUAAAAUAUAUAGGUUUUAACUUCUGUGGUUUUAAGUCUACGUGGUCUGAAGACAAAGAGUGAAAAUUUAAGAUGGAAUAUUAGAAGAAGAAAAAAACAUUCCGCCAUAUGCAUUGCCAAUUAUUGUACUACACACAUUGUUUAUCAUGUCUAUUAAAGACUUUGUAAUACUACGGUAUUAUCAGACUAACUGAAACUGUUUAUUAUUGUUUUACGUUCGAGGUUAAUACCGCUUCCCGAUACUUUCGGCAGUGUUUUGUUUUGUUCCACGCAUGGCGGCGCGCGCAUCUCGUGCUGUGUCGUCAUGACAACUGCUAAAAUAAAUAAUCGCGCGGCGUUUGGAACAGCUUUAACGAGCCUAUGCUUGAUUGAUAUUGACAUUUCAUUGGCUUCAUUAAAAAGGACGCUAACGUGUCGCGGCCGUGAUUGGCUCUUUUCAAUUAACAAUUUAAUUUCGGCAAGAGAGAAGAGAAAGAGUGGAAAAUGACGCCAUUUAGUGCGUGUGGUAGUGUAUUCCCUCUGGGAAUAUUUCGUUCGUGGCGAUGCUAAUUUUGGCGUUAUUGAUCUGGAAAUUACGUCAAAAUACUGGGCAAUGUUAAUUGACGCCCUGUAAUUGAAUGCAGAAUAAUCGCAUUCAAUUCACGUGAGUGACGAAGUAUUUUACGAACGACAUUAAGCAUCUAUAGUUAAGGUAUGGUCUGCAUCAUCGCUAUAUAAUAAAAUUGACGUAAAUUUUACCGUCAACGUAAACGAACUAUAAUUUUAUAAACUUUGGAUUAUUAUCAAAUUAGUAGAACAUUGACUUUCGGCGAUUAACGGCAAAUUUACUCACAUUAGCACAAACUAUAUGUACACAAGUCCAGAAGUCUUUUGGUUAGGCGUUUCAUGCUCGAGCAAGCCGGAGCAAAACCCCAAAACUUUUACUCAGUGAACAAUUUUAGGAACUUUAUUUAUUUUGUAUUUUAUUCAAGAGUCAGGUUAUCUACGACAUCUCAUAGACUUUAUUUAAUAUUUGUUUGUUUGGUUAUUAUUUCCAUGACUCGAGGUUUCUCAUUAUGGUUAAAACAAUAAAAUAAGUUUUUUU